GUUUGAGGGAGCUUCCGAGAUGUCGAAAUGAACCUCAAAGAUACGUCAAGCAACAUAUCUCGCCCAUCAUGUUGUUAACACCCACCCAACUCGCGGUAACGACGCGGACAUCGGCUAAUUGGACGGAAGCUAAGCGUCGAGUUAUACGGUCUUAUCGAGAUUGGAUGCGGGCAGCACCCAAGAUCCAAUCCAUGUACUCCGUUCCAUUUCCCGUAUCGACUAUCCGCUCACGAAUGCGACAAGAAUUCGAACGACAUAGAUUUGUGAACAAGUUACCGGUGGUCGAUGUCCUCCUCAUGCAGAAUAAUUGCGAAUACCAGGAAACGAUGAACUUCUGGAAGCAGAGUAAUCACGUCAUGUCAUACUUCCCCGAGGAGAACUUUCGAGGAGCCAACAGAUUACCAAAUAACUUUAUGAAGGGUUUCUUAGAGGGUCGCAAUUAGAUAUAUGGAUAUCGUCCUAUUGAAUUGUACAUAGAAAGAGACUCCAGCAAAGCAAAUUUUACCACCUAAGAACGUCGUCUACUAUACUCCAAACGCCGCAUAUGCCAUGCCAUCCGUAUUAAACCGAGAUGCCCCGCAACACUUUAUGCCUCUGCCUCUAAUCUCCUCUCUGCCUCCUCUUGCCUCUUAAGAGACUGCUCUGGCGUUGCUUCGAAUUUCUCUCGCUCGGUCCAGAAUUUGUCAGAAACAACAUCACAUAGAUCUUCUAGAUCCUGGAGGCCCUUGGCCAAGGCGGCAGCGGCAGUUGUUGUGUCUAAGAGCGAGGUAGUUAGUACGAAAGGUAUAAGACUCAAUAUUAUAUGGCCUAUCCUUACCGUAUGUUUGAAUUCUCAAGUUCAUCUUAUCCUCGGAGGGAUGGGGGAUAGCGUAUGCGCAAAACUCAACAUCAGGGCUAGGAUGACAGUUAGUUAUACAUUCCUAAGACAAAAGCUAUAAGCCGUACUUCUUCA